CAGGAAGUGGUUACAUCACUUCCGGAAACAGCAGGAUACAUCAGAAGGCACCGAGUGCACCGUUUCAUAAUAAACGUUAGAUAAUGUCGUCGGGUGCUGUAUGAUGACGUCAUGACGCGCGGGGCGGAAACACGUGACGAACUCCCGGACUGGGCCGGAGCUAAAGAGUUUUACCAGAAGUACGAUCCUAAGGAAAUUAUUGGCAGGGGCAUCUCCAGCACAGUUCGGCGAUGUAUACACAGAGAGACUGGGCGCCAGUUUGCUGUGAAGAUUAUAGAGGUUACUCCAGAGAGACUCAGCCCAGAACAGCUGAGAGAAGUGAGGACGAGCACUGCCAAGGAGAUGGAGAUCCUUAAACACGUGUCUCAUCAUCCGUCUAUAAUCUCCCUGAUUGAUUCGUAUGAAUCCUCCACGUUUAUAUUCCUUGUAUUUGACUUGAUGAAGCGGGGGGAGCUGUUUGACUAUCUGACUGAGAAAGUAACACUCAGCGAAAAAGAGACAAGGUGUAUCAUGCGAUCUCUGUUAGAGGCGGUAGCUUUCUUACAUCGUAAUAACAUUGUGCAUCGUGACCUAAAGCCAGAAAACAUUCUCAUGGAUGAUUCACUCAACAUCAAGCUCUCUGACUUUGGUUUCAGCUGUGUCUUGCAUCCGCCAAACAAGCUGCGAGAGCUCUGUGGGACCCCAGGUUAUUUGGCUCCUGAGAUACUCAAAUGCUCAAUGGAUGAAACACACCCAGGAUACAGCCAGGAAGUGGAUCUGUGGGCAUGUGGAGUGAUCAUAUUCACACUUCUGGCUGGUUCUCCUCCUUUCUGGCACCGCAGACAGAUGUUGAUGCUUCGGAUGAUCAUGGAUGGACGAUUCCAGUUCAGUUCUCCUGAGUGGGAUGACCGAUCAGCUACUGUAAAAGAUCUGAUUUCUCGUCUUCUGGAGGUUGACCCAGAUAAGCGUCUGACAGCGGAGCAGGCUCUUCAGCAUCCGUUCUUCCAAAGUCACCAGAUAGAGCAGCUCUGUCCACGUUAUCCACUGCGUCGCUUCCGGAUAGCAGCGUGGGCAGCACUCGCCUGUGUGCACAUCUUGGUCCGGUGGCGACGAGCUCGGCCUGUGACCAGUGAACUACUAACCCGCGACCCAUAUGGGGUGAAGGGUGUACGGAGGCUAAUUGAUGCCUGUGCAUUUCGUAUCUAUGGCCACUGGGUGAAGAAAGGAGAGCGGCAGAACCGGGCUGCACUCUUUCAGAACCAGCCUAAAGCGCUCUUAUUGACCAUGGGUGACGAAGACGAUCGAGAUGCGGAGUUCUGAGUAACAGGAUUUCUUCAUUCAGAACCAACUCGUAUUUUUGUCCGUGGAGCGAGAGUUGUUACAGGGUGCUGCUGCUGAUGGUACGGAGGAGAGCAGCUCUCUUGCAACUGUUAUUUCCUCAUAAUUUUAGGGAAAAGAACUGGUGACUUCCAGAGAUUGUCUGUCUCAUGAUGGGGCAGACCCUGAGUAUCUACUGACCAUGGGCGGGGCAAUGGACCUAUCACAUGGUGUAGACCUCAGUGACUUAUUUUUAUGUUAUGUAUUUUUUGUAUUUAAUUUGUGGCAUUGUUCUUCUGUAAUAUAAAUAAAUUGUCCAGAUUACA